AUGACCGAUACAAAGUUAUAUGAUAUUCUUGGUGUUAACAAAAAUGCUUCAAAAAAUGAGAUUAAAAAGCAUUAUAGAAAAUUAGCCAAGGAAUACCAUCCAGAUAAAAAUCCUCAUCAUGGCGAUAAAUUUAAAGAACUUUCAUUUGCGUACGAAGUAUUGACUGACCCAAAUAAAAGAGAAGUUUAUGACACUCAUGGUCUCCAAGGAUUACAGGAAGGUGUUUCCUCAUCUCACUCCCACAAAACUCCCACAAUUAGAAAUCUCCCACAAAAAGCUCCUACAAUUUUUUAA